AUGACAACCACGGAGUUACCCAUAGAACAGGUUGAUGUUCUAGUAGUAGGUGGAGGGCCGGUUGGUCUCAUAACCGCCUACCAGCUCGCACGCAACCUCCCCCGCCCAACAUACAGAAUCAAAAUAAUCGAAAAAUACGCAAAAUCUUCUCAAGACCAAUAUGGCCGCGCCAUCACCCUCUUUCCCCGUAGCUCCGAGAUGCUCGACCAGCUUGGACUGGCAGACGCGCUUGCACAACAAUGUUUCGCAUGCCGAGACACUGUAAACUACGACAGACAUGGCAAUGAAGUUCCGGGCAGGGGUUGGGUGUUCAUGGAGAAUAUGAAAGACACAAAAUGGGACUUUGCGCUUGUGUUGAGGCAGAAAUACCAAGAAGAGAUAUUCAGAAGAGCUAUGGCGAAAGAAGGGGUCAAGCUUGAUGCGCCAUAUACUUUGGUUGAAAUCGAGGUACUUGAAGGAGUUCAGCCGGGUGGCUACAGGGUAUUGGCAACUAUUGAACACAGCGACACCAAAGUCAAGAGCAUAGUCAAGUGCCGAUAUCUUGUCGGCGCCGACGGAGGAAAGUCGUUUAUUCGACGUGCAAUGAAUGUACCCUUCGACGGCUCCUCGAGCGAAGAUAAAUGGGUGCGUAUCGACGGCGUCAUCGAGACUGACUUGCCUAAACCACGUACCUACUGCGCCAUCGAGUCGCCAACCCACGGAAACGUCUUAUGGGCAGCUCUCGACCACGGCGCCACGCGAAUUGGCUUCGCCUUCACAGCCGAACGGCAAAAGGCCUACAAAGACUUCAAUGAAGAAGCUGCUGUAAAUGAAGCCAUCGCCUCCGUCAAACCUUUUAGUCUAAAAUUUACACAAGUAGACUGGUGGACCAUCUACGUCGUCGGCCAACGUAUCGCCCGCUCCUUCUUCGUAAACGACUGCAUCUUCCUCGCCGGCGAUGCCUGCCACACGCACAGCAGCGGCGCCGCCCAAGGCAUGAAUACCGGCAUGCACGAUGCCGUGAACCUAGGCUGGAAACUCUCACUCGUCCUCCAGGGCCUCGCUAACCCAGAUCUCCUCCACUCAUACCAAGCCGAACGCCUCCCCAACGUCCAACGACUCAUCAAUUACGACAAAGAUAUCUCGCGGCUCAUGACUAUGCAGUUACCCGAGGGGUGGACCGGAGACACAAACGCGGAUCCAAACGAGGUCUUGGGCGCUGUCAUGGCCGAAGCAGCGACGUUUAGUAGUGGUCUUGGUAUCUACUAUGAGCCAGACGCCUACCUCAACUUUGUCCAAAGUGCAAACGCGACGAUGGUACAGCCGGGCCAACGCGCCCCUGAUGUUACACUGCAGAAACCAGCGACGUUUGAAUCAACGCGUUUACAAACCGAGACUCCGAAUACCGCCACCUUCUACAUCUUCAUCUUCGCUGGAGAAGUCAAACGCACAAAAUUGGCGUUGUCAUCUUUCACAGACGCCGUGGCGUUGCUGCCUUGGCUUCAUGACGAGAAUGUCCCGAUUUCAUGGCUUUCCAUCUUUGCGGGUCCGGGCGGUUCUUCGGCGUAUGAGACGUUGGGUGGAAUGCCGUUUGGUCGUGUCUUCUAUGAUGAAGAUCUUGGUGCGCAUACACGGUACGGUGUUGAUAUUGAGAAGGGUGCUGUGGCUGUUUUAAGGCCGGAUGGUUGGGUGGGUACGGUUGUUGCGUUGGAUGGGGGUGCAGGGGAUAAGCUAGAACAGUAUUUUGGAAGGUUUUUGCUUGCUGCUGCGGUAGACGGUGGCAUGGCCGGGGGUGGGGCGAAGUUGUAG